AUGGAGCAAUACAUCAAACUGUCCUUCCCCAGUGCUGUGACUGAAUGUAUAUUCGGGCUGCUCAUCAUUGGGACUUUCGUGAUGUUUGGGUCACGCAAAAACACACCGAAGCUGGUCCCCACCCUAAAUGAUCAUGAAUGGGACAUUUUUCGCAGAAAAGCCAAGAAAAACUGGGAGGAGAGUGCGGAAAGCAUCCUGAGAGCCGGAUUACAAAAGGUCGCCCUGGUGGAGCUGCUUGGAUUCGAGACAUGGGUCCCGGGGGGGUUCCACAACCAUGUGUCUACUCCCGUGGUACACGCCCUGAAUCGAAACAUAACUCGUUUGGUUCAGCCAAUGUCCGAAGAGGCUGCACACUGCUUGAAAGUCCAGUGGACUGACAAUCCUGCCUGGCAUUCUGUCUCAAUCCACGAUACCGUAUUACGCCUGGUCGCUCAGAUUACGUCUCGACUCUUUAUCGGACAGGAGAUCUGUCGCGACCCUGAGUGGCAAGAUAUUGCGAAAGACUUCAGCACGAAGAGAGUGAUUGCGAUCCAGGCAAUCCAUGCGUGGCCGUCGCUAAUUCAUCCCGUCAUACACUGGUUCUUACCGGUUUGCCACGAUGUUCGGAAGCUAAUCCGGCGUGCAAAAAGCAUCUUACUGCCGAUAUUCGAGCUCGAAAGGUGCAACAGAAAGAGUGGUAGAGAGUCGAACAAUGUCUUUUCAACGCUUUCUUUUAUCGACGAAUACGCAAAUGGCCGGCCAUACGAUCCUACUAUGGCCCAGUUGAGACUGACGGGAGUAUCUAUCCAUUCAACGUCGGACUUGGUAAAAAAGGUGAUCGCGAGAAUAUGCGAGCACUCCGAGCUGAUUCCAGCCCUACGAGCUGAAAUAAUCUCUGCUGCCGAAAAUUGCGGAUUACAACACAGCUCAUUACUGAAGAUGCCCUUGAUGGAGAGUAUCAUGAAGGAGACUCAGCGCCUGGAACCUCCAGCCCUAAGUCCGUAA